AUGAACAAUAAAAGAAAGCAGGAUGUUAGGAAAAUUAGUCCUCAUGUGUUUCAUGUCUCGGAGAAAAAGAAUGAAGCGCUGCCAGAACCGGAAAUAGUUGAUGUUCCCAUGGUUAAUGUGGACGAAAAGAAGAUCUGUCCGGAUGAUGGAAACAUACAGGAACUUUGGAAUGACUUCCGGGACAAUACGACGAUGCAUGGUCUGAAGAACGCCAAUCUCAGACAGCGGCACAGAUUACGAUGUGCUAUUUGGGCCAUUGCAUUGCUUGCUAUGGGGUCAUUUCUGGUGUACACAACGUAUCAGCAAUUUACCAACUACUUCAAGUAUCCCACCAUCAGCAACACGCAUGUGCAGACCCAGAGCAGUGUAAAAUUUCCGGCCGUUACUCUGUGCAGCGCUUCAUCAUUAAAGAGAGAAGCUCUUCCUAAGAUCCUCAAUCUUGAAUACUUUCUUCUAACUGAGAGUGUGAUUGGUGAUUUUUUUCCGAGAUUAAAUUUGAGCCAAUCAGAAUAUUCGGACUACCAUCUUCCAAGAAAUGCAUCAUGGGUAAAUGAAACAUCGAACAAGGUAGAAGAUUUAUUUCUUUACUGCUUCUUCGAGGGAGAGCAAAAAGAGUGCCAGGAAGUCAUGAAACCAAUUGUGACAAAACUAGGAGUUUGUUACACAUUUAAUAGUAGGGAGUAUGUUGAAGAAAAUAACCACAUUGUGACGUCACGAACUGGAAGCUCUUCUGGUUUGCAGUUGUAUCUUAAGGUUGAUCAACACAACUUUGUCUUCAACGAUAUCAUGGCGGCAGGAAUUAAGGUUGUGAUCCAUGACCAGAAUGAAGAGCCGGAUGUUGUUGACAAAGGAUUCAUGAUCUCCCCUGGCUUCUCUACCUUUGCGUCCAUUCAUAAAACAGAGUAUCACUAUUUGCCCAGUCCAUAUAAGAUAAACGGAGACCAGUUCUGCCUGGACACAAAAUCCACAGGUUUUACAAAUCCACUGACGCUCUAUGACGUAUACAGCAAAAGUGCGUGCAUGAUGGAGUGUAAACAAAACCACGUGAUCAAAUUAUGUGGAUGCAGGUCGCCAUUUGAUAAAGCAAACGAAACCAUAUGUUCGCUUGCCCAAAUGUCAACGUGCUACGAUGUUGAAAGUGAGAAAUUUGACAAAAAUAGCACCGCCCAACAUCUUUGCACAUGCCCCAUAGAAUGUGAAUACAGCGAAUACUACGCACGAUUAUCAACCGGAUAUUUUCCCGCCAUGAAUUACCAGCUCGUGCUUUCCCAAAUGGGAUUUACUAACUUUCGGGACACCUUUAUGGAACUAGCAGUUUACUUUGAGUCACUGGGAUACUUGAAAGUUGAACAGGUACCUGAAUACAGCUUUGGAGAUAUCGUGGGUAUUUUGGGUGGUCAAAUGGGCAUAUUUCUCGGCGCUAGUCUGCUGACUCUAACGGAACUAAUGGAGUUCAUUCUACUGUCAUCUUUGGUUGUCAGCAAACGAGUUUAUAAAAGAGUUUCUAAGAAAUGAAUUGAUCAUGUAUGAUCAGUAAAUAACAA